AUGUCUGAGCCUAUCAGCAAACGCCGCAUCUUUCCUUUCUUCGACUUACCACGCGAAUUGAGAGACUUCAUUUAUGGCUUCUCACUUUGUGAUAAGAGGCUCGAGCCAGAUCACCAUAGUGCCAUCUGGGUCACCGAUGUUGCGCCACAAAAUACGAUGCGCGUGUCGCGUCAGUUCAACGAGGAGCUGCGAGAACAAGUUCAGAAGAAGGCACAUCUCUAUAUCGCCCAAGACUACACUACCGAUCCAGCCCCGAUUCAAGCCAACACCGUUCCCCAGCAAAACAGCCUCAGAUUUCUGACUGUGUCUAUCGAGCUGAAUAACGGCAUGUUCGGUCUGCAGGCGCAACGAGCAUGGGUCGUACAGGCUAUACGUCACUGA